AUGGACGUAAAGGCUUUGGCAAAAUCAAAGCGAGAUCACACACGACAACACAACAAAAAGUAUCACGGAAAUCCAAAGCUCAAAGUUCAACCACACUCUUCGUUUUCUUCUUCAGUCCCAACCAAAACGACGACGCCAAAAGAGCCAUUCAGAAAGCAACAAGCAAUUGAGAAGAAAACCAAUCGAUCGGGCUCUUCCGCGCUUCCCGAAAUUGGGACCGAUAUGAAGAAGAGGAUUCGGAUUUUGUUCCUGAAAUCUCAUGCAGACAAAACCCUCGAGGACUUCAAUGAAGUUCUUCCUUGGGAGUUUGGUGUGGGAUUAAGCUCUAUACUUUCGGUUAGAGGAGAUGGCAUUGUUUCAUGGGAUGGGGAUGAUAAUUUUGUUGUACAGGAUAAGACUAUUGCAAAUCAGGAGGCAUCGUUGAUUUCCUUGAAUUUGCAUGCUAUUGCUCAAAAGCUUGCAAAAGUUGACUUAUCUAAGAGAUUAUUUAUUGAGCCUGAUCUGUUGCCCUCUGAGUUGUUUUUACAGCGUGUGGAAGACUCUGCAGUAAGCAACAAGGAAGAACCUGAACUUGACAAACAGGAAACUGUAGUGGACCAUGAACUAGCUAAGAGGAUGUCUAAAGAAUUAAAUGUAGAUGAUUCUGCAGCAGAUCAGUUUACAUCAUCUAGUUCAUGUAGUAGCAGCCAUACCACUUCUAUAUCUGCCUUGUCCGAUGACAUUCGCGUUCCUGUGAACAACGAUACAGUAGGGAAACACUCAACAUUUGAGGCAGCUGCUGAAUUGGAACUGGAUAUGCUUCUAGAUACGCUUGAUGAGUCCAAAUCCAAUGCUUCAUUUACUGCUCCGUUCAGAGUCUCUUCUAAAGAACAUCCUGAGAUUUCAAUUAAAGAACCAGUUUCAGCCAGAAUUGCAUCAAUUACUGCUAGUCUAGAUGAUGCACUUGACGACUUGCUAGAGGAAACAUCCACUUUGACGAAGCCAAAUGUUUUAUCACGGCCACAAGAAGAAAAGCCUGUCAACCCCAGCGUGCUCUCUUCACAAUCCCAAAACAAGUCAAAAGUUGUCGAUGAUUUUGAUUCAUGGUUUGAUACGCUUUGA